AAAAAAAACUAUCUCGAGCGGACCGUGAACCUCAAAUAUAUCUCCGUCCUUUAAAAGAAUUCUUAGGAUUCUACUAAUCGUUUUUUCUAAGUAAUGAAAACAAAAACAAUGUGAAUGUGUAAAAAGUGGAAAUCGUUCAUUUGACAACAUAUAAAAGUGAUAACAAGGAAAAAGUGAAAAAUUUUGAAAAGAAAUGAAUAUCGAGUAGAAUUUACAAAUUGUCCUCUACUAUUUUGAAAUGCCAAUCACAAUGUAAACGAAACAAGUUAUCGCCUGAGUUAUAGUACAAACAUUGAUUAUCGUUGAUAAGCUUAACAAGUUUCGUUUUGUUGUUUUAUGGAUACAGCGGGUGAUCAAAUUGUUCCAUCCUCAAUUUUUCGGGUAAUGCAGUCCACAGAAUUCGACUUUCGGAAUGAAUUGAUGGAGCGCUUACAAAAAUUGGAAGUAGAUGCCAAAUUAGACGUUGUACAUUCGAACCAAUACCGUCCAGUCUCGAAAUCACCAUUGGAGUCGUCUGGAUUAUUAAGCUACACAAACUAUAACUUUGAGCAGAAUGGAAAAAAUGUAUUUUUUGAACAUGAAAAACGAAAUGUGCUUUGCCCGGAGGCAGAGGACUCUUACUUGCGACCGCCGCUAUGGGAGGAUAUCACCAGCUCGAUACAGAAUAUAGAUCCGGAAAAUGCCAUUAUGUUGGGAACAACGAAUGGUGUUUCACAAGUCAAAAUGGAGGCGAUUGAAGAUUCCUUCCUAGAGCCCUUAUCCUCGCCAUUGCUCAGUCCGUUGGAGAUCAAAACAGAAAAAAAUCAUCUACUAAUACAAUCGCGUAAAUAUGAUCAUAACGUUAACCAACAUCAUAAUGCCAGCAUGAACCAAAAUCAUUCACAAAUUGAUACUAGCUGCAGCAAUGUUACCAGAAACAACCCCGAAAGCAGUUUUUUUUUCGUACACAGUAGCGCAAGCUACAAUCUUAAUCCAUUGGAAUCGUCAGACAAGGACGCAGCUCAUGGCGAACGUCAUUCAAAUAUAAGUGACUUUGUCUUCGAGAUGAACGGUAGUGUUCGAAGUUCGACACUUCUAAAUUCUAGUGCUUCUAACACCCAACCGGAACAUUCAAUUCAACAACAACAUCCAUCGCAGCAACACCAUGAAGAGCAACAACUAUACAAUCAGACACAGAACAUGCAUAUAAAUCACAACAAUAAUUAUUACUGCUGGCAGCAAAUGCAUCAGUCUACACGCAAUUCAAUCUUGAAUCCCACUGCGUGCCAGUUGUCUCAUUCUAAGUAUGUAUCAUCGCAGUGUUCGACCGUAGGCGCAGCAUCAAUAUCAAGGUUGAUGUAUGUCCCACCACUUACACCACCAAAUUCUGAUCCCGGUAGCCCCGGUAACAACUUACAGCAACAAAUUCGACGAACCCCACCUCCACCGUAUAACAUACAACAACAGCAUCAUCAGGCGCCGGGACAUUUAAGCAUUCUCCCACAUCAUUCGCAAAAUAACAUAUCAGGCACGCGAUCCGACGACAAUGCACCGAUCCAACCACAGAAGGGCAAUCAACAUUUGUUAGAUCAUCCAGACACUUGCCAAAAUCCUCUUAAUCCCGUUGGAGCACAAACAGAAUAUGUUGGAUCUCACGCUGAAAGUGCGACAAGCAAAGUAAGCUUGCCGAAUACAAAUGAAACAUGUCGCGGCUCUAGUUCCAAACGACAAUCUUCGGUUCACAGCAUAAAUAAUGUGCUAACUAACGCCAGCCUGGUGAAACAAAUUGUCGGACGGUACAAUAGGCGUAAUAAUCCUGAGCUAGAAAAACGGAGAGUACAUCACUGCGAUUUCAUCGGUUGCAUUAAGGUAUAUACAAAGAGUUCCCAUUUGAAGGCACACCAAAGAAUCCAUACCGGUGAAAAGCCAUACUCCUGCCAGUGGCCGGAUUGUGAGUGGCGUUUUGCGAGGUCCGACGAACUUACUCGACACUAUCGCAAACAUACCGGAGCCAAACCGUUUAAGUGUAUCGUUUGUGAUCGCAGCUUUGCACGUAGUGAUCACUUAGCACUUCAUAUGAAGCGCCACCUACCAAAAACUAAACACUAAAAGUGUAUGUUAUGGAUACGUUUAAAUUAUUGUAAAGUGUACACGAUCAUACUAUGCAUCCUACGGAAGUAGCAGUGGCCAAGAAAUGCCUAUACAAAUGCUUAUACAGCUUUGUUGUUAUGAUAACAUAAUUGAGUGCCUUACUGAAUAACCACAAAAAUAGUUUUUUAGUUUGUAAAAGAUUUUACGUGUCUCUAUCUAACUAAUAAGAUAUAGGUUGAUACCAUUUUUCAAAAAAAAAUAUCGGCAACAUCCCCUUUUUCAUGAUUUCUUCCACCCUGCGUAUUAGUAUUUUUUGAGUAAAUAUUUUCAUUGUAAUGAUUCUCUAACCAACGUUUUGCUUGUCUAACUGUACUUCUUGUAAUUACUUCGGCAAAAGUUUAUAUGCAUGACGAAGUGUCAAGGCUAGAGUUUCACUGAUCCCAUAAAAACCAAACGGGGAUUUCUACGCCCACGCCAGAAAAUAAGGUGUCUGUAAACACCACAUGACUCAAGAGGAAGCUUUAUCUAUAUCUGAAAAUCAACGAAACCGACUUGUAUGUAAUCUUCAAUGUUUAUUUAACCAACGUUGACAGUACAUUGACAGUAACAAUCCAUCCGAAGUACAUCCAAAAAUGCAGAGUAGAAGGAAAGUCAACAAUGGAAGUAUUAAUAAAGUCCUAACUGAAUUUUUAAACAUCGGCAGGAACAUACAGUCUGGUCAACUUUAUACAAAUGAUAGAAAAUGUUCAUUGCCCAUCGUGAAUGAUCUUUAUAAAAAAGGAAAUCAGUUUUUCUAAACUGCUAAUUGUUUUUAUAAACAUGGUAGAACUUGGUGACCUUAUUAUGAUGAGCAAAUGUACUACGUUUAAAGUUCGAACAUUUCUUUUAUUGGUUGACCCUUUUGUGGAAAUUAAUUCCUUUUUAAAUGAUAACGCUUUCGGUACAGACAUUCAUGUAUUAUCAAUUAUAUUUGCUUAACAUAUUUAAAAAAACGUACCACCUGCGGUGAAACAUAACUAGGAUAGUACAUGUGAAUUUUCUUAAAUAAUUUAUUACUUACUCUAAGUCCUCCAGUACGGAGCCUUAGGCAGGUUUCCAUUGUCGUAAUCAAUACUGGAAUAUUUCCAUGUUAUUUUGUUAAUUGUAAUUAGUACUGAAAACGUCUUGUGUUCUUCAGAGUUAGAUUUUCACUAAUAAGUUUACAAGAACAAACAACCCGACACAAUUUGAUCUCAAAUUAGCUAUUCUUGAAUAAUUUGGGAUACCAUGUUCACUUCAUUACUUAUAACUUUCAAGAACCUAGCAAAUAAAUGGCAAAUCUAAAUAUCACAAAUAUAGAUUCUUCAGAACUUGUAUAUCACGAAAAGUGUGUUUAUUUAUCACUCCUGGAGCGAAAAAAAGGGCUUGGAAUAGUAUUAUUUUUCUUUCUACUACUAUUAAGCGACCACUUAAUGUUUAAGGGUUAUCUUAAUGAUCAAUAUGACUACACUUUUCAAUAAC